AAGAAUAUCGAGAGAGCGCUACACUUACAUCUAACACAGGCUGUUGAGGACACUUGAAAUUGAGACUUAUUGCUAAUGUUAAGACAAGAAUGGGAAGAAAAGUAGUUCUUGCAGUUUGUACCCUUAAUCAGUGGGCUUUAGACUUUGAAGGAAAUUAUCUUCGAAUAUUGAAGAGUAUUAAAGAAGCCAAAGCAAGAGGCGCAGCAUACAGAUCUGGACCUGAACUAGAAAUUACAGGCUAUGGUUGUAAUGACCACUUUUAUGAAAGUGAUACUUUGCUUCACUCUUGGGAAGUUCUUGCAGAACUGUUAAAGAAUCCGGCUUGCAAUGACAUUAUUGUGGAUGUAGGCAUGCCUGUGAUGCAUAAGAACGUGACCUAUAACUGUCGGGUUGUGUUUCUAAAUAGCCAAAUUCUUCUUAUCCGUCCCAAAAUGAUUCUCUGUGAUGAUGGAAACUAUAGGGAAACUCGUUGGUUUAGUGCUUGGCCCAAACAUCGCCACUUAGAAGAUCAUUUCCUUCCUCGAAUGAUCCAAGAAAUUACUAAACAG